ACUAAAUACUUGUUAGAGUUGGAUUAUUUAAACUUUUAUAUACAUUUAACGAUUGAAUUUUUCAUUACUGCAAAAAGUGCAAAACAAUAAGCCAUCGUUCAACAAUGGAUUCGAACGCUUAUUAUAGGGAAUUCGAUUUGGAAUCAGUUAAUGUCACAUUGCRAUUUUGCCAACAGGAGUAUGGUGAUGUCAAUUGUGUUGUAUGGGACGCAUCACUAGUAUUGGCCAAGUAUUUAGAAACUUUGUUUUUAAAAAACAGUGAGACAUUCAAAUCUAAAAGAAUCAUUGAGUUAGGUUCAGGAUUAGGAUGUGUCGGUCUAGCUGCUGCAUGUUUCGGGGCAAAUGUCAAACUUACAGAUUUGCCAGAAAACUUACCGCAGUUAAAACAAAAUGUUGAUGAAAAUACACCUUGGUUAAAAGGUUGUGCUCAAACUGUUGCAUUAACAUGGGGCACCACACUUGAGUCUGAACAUUUUGAUUUUCUAUUAAUGGCAGAUUGUAUUUAUUAUCCAGAAGUAGUGGAGGCAUUGGUGAAAACAAUAACUGAGUUGACUACACCAAAAACAGUUGUAUUGAUAUGUCAAGAACUUAGAGAAACCGAAAAACAAAAGAACACCUGGAAAAUGUUUUUAAACUUAUUGCUUGAACACUUUGAGGUAUCAUACGUUCCAGAAGAAGAACAACAUCCAGUUUUUAGAAGUUCUGAUAUAAUAAUAAUAAAUGCCAAAAAAAAAAAGUGUUUGUGAAAUAAAAAUUUAAUGUAAUCAAAAUCUAUGAAUAUUUUGUCCAGUGAGAGAGCCCAACUAGUUGGCAACAAAAACACACUAUAUUCCUCACACUACCAGUAUUAUUGGCAACUGCAUGGUAGAAAAAAUUAGAUCUCAUACUGUCAUUUGGAUACAACAGUCGCAGAGUAGCACCUCUUUCUAAAUUGAGUAUAGUUUUAACAUUUAUGAGCUUAACUCAUAUAUAUAUUAUUAUAUAUCUCAAAUAUUUCUAUAGUUUAAGCACAUACAGCUGAUUUCCAUGAUGUAGUUUUUCUCAGUUUAACAAAAUAGAAUUAUUUUAUAUUUGUAACACAAUUUUCACCAUAAUGUCACCUAAAAUGUGAAUAGGUAUGAAAGUACGAAACAG